AUGGAGCCGUCAGUCGAGCGACCACAGACGCCUCCGCCAUCGUACCCCAUGACACCGCCUUCGACCGGCGGUAUGGCGAAGCGCGUUCGUUUCAGCAACGUCGAGUACCUUGACGCCAACUCCAACAAGACAGGACGCGCAAUCAACUUCGACGAGGGAGAGUCACCCGACGUCUUCUUCCACGAGCCAGAGGAGACCUUCGACACCGAGACCCGCGAGAAGAGCGAUGACGAGGGUAUUCCAGCAGACUCGUACACUGCCAGACCCACAGCCCUCGAGAAGCAUGACCCGUUCGCCUCCCUUGCUCUCGCCAUUGACAGCCCCGUUUCGAACAAGGAACCGUUCCCAUUCAUGAACCUCCCCAUCUCCGUUCGCAACAUCAUCUACACGCACCUCCUUGUCGUCCCCGGCAUAAUCUGCGUCCGCCAAAAGCACACCGUAUUCCACGACGAGAAGAAAGCUUUCCUCCACGCCGAGCGCCGCGAGUUCCUCCCUGGUAUUGCGUACGCGCUCGUCCACCUCCAUGUCGACGGCCACAAAACCCGCUUCUCGCUCGUCGGCCGCACCAACAACCACAUCCUCCGCGCGAACAAAGAAGUAUUCACCGAGGCCAAGGCUGUGCUUUACGGAAAGAACAUGUUCGAGGUCGUUAGACCAACCAACGAACUCUGUCCUCCACCCGACUACAGUGUUAGGCUGUUUCCUACCGGAUGUCAGCGUCUCGUCACCAAGCUCAACAUCAAGAUCCGUUCUUUCUACGAUCUGCACUGGUUGCUGAGCGGCGGGUACAACGUCAUGAAGAACUACUACCGCGGUCUCGUUUCCCUCACCCUUGUUCUGGAAAUGGACUCGACUAGCAAGGGCUUCGGGAAGACGUGGACUAGGAAUGGUGCUGAAGAGGAGUGGGCCAACUAUGUCCAGCGCCUGCGAGGUGAGAUGGCGAAAGAGCUGUUCAAGAAGAUGAAGGUCAAGGGUCCGGAUACGAAGGUCGUUCCGGUCUGGAUGAACUUGAGCGUUCUGUUCUCGGGCGAGGCAUACGAUGGCAACAUGUGCGCUGUUGGAGAUAUCGGUGAUGAGCAGCGAGCGAAGCAGGAUGAGACCAGGCAAGGUUUGGUCGAGGCAUGGGAAUUGUUCAAGAAGGGUGGGAAGUAG